AUGUCGCAGCCGAGGGGCGGCCGCGGCGGUGGGCGUGGCGCUGGCGGUGCUGGUGUUGGCCGCAAGACGCCGUCCUCAUUGACAGGGCCGCCAGAUGAUUCCGCGACGACAAGUGAACGUGCAACGCCCGCGAGCAAAGCCGACUCCGAUCCCAAGGACGACAGCUCCAGCAAUGGCGACAAGAAGGAUGCUGACGGAUUCCCAGCACCCAAGCCACCAAGUGCAGGCGCCUCCAUACGCGACACGGCCAACAAGGUGCUCGCCCUGGCCAUGAAGAGUGAAUGGACGCCCAUCGAGGCCGAACUGAAGAAACUGGAGAAGUAUGUGGCCAAUGUCGGCGAGGAUGGUAAUCAUAUUCCGCUAGCCGGAGUUCACGAUAUGAACACCGGCAUGACGCCGCUGAUGUAUGCAACAAAGGAUAAUCGGACGGCGAUAAUGGAUCGCAUGAUUGAACUGGGUGCCGAUGUCGGAGCACGGAAUAAUGAUAAUUACAAUGUGCUGCAUAUUGCGGCAAUGUAUUCGCGUGAGGAUGUCGUCAAAUUGUUGCUAACAAAACGUGGCGUUGAUACCUUCUCCACCGGCGGAUCACGUUCACAGACCGCAGUGCAUUUGGUGUCCAGUCGUCAAACGGGCACUGCGACAAAUAUCCUGAGAGCCUUGCUCGCUGCUGCUGGCAAGGAUAUACGCGUCAAAGCAGACGGCCGUGGCAAAAUCCCAUUGCUGCUGGCUGUGGAGUCGGGCAAUCAGUCCAUGUGCAGAGAACUCUUAGCUGCACAAACGGCGGACCAACUAAAGGCAACGACGGCCAAUGGAGACACGGCCUUGCAUUUGGCCGCCAGACGGCGGGACGUCGAUAUGGUCCGCAUCCUGGUCGACUAUGGCACCAAUGUGGACACCCAGAAUGGGGAGGGGCAGACGCCGUUGCACAUUGCCGCCGCCGAAGGAGACGAAGCGCUACUCAAGUACUUUUACGGAGUGCGAGCAUCUGCCUCCAUAGCAGAUAAUCAGGAUCGCACACCGAUGCAUUUGGCUGCUGAGAAUGGACAUGCGCAUGUCAUCGAGAUACUGGCGGACAAGUUCAAAGCGAGCAUCUUCGAGCGCACCAAGGAUGGCAGCACUUUGAUGCACAUUGCAUCCCUGAAUGGCCAUGCUGAGUGCGCCACGAUGCUCUUCAAGAAGGGCGUCUACCUCCACAUGCCCAACAAGGAUGGGGCACGCAGCAUACACACUGCUGCCGCAUACGGCCACACUGGCAUCAUCAACACCCUGCUGCAGAAGGGCGAGAAAGUCGAUGUUACCACCAAUGACAACUAUACGGCACUCCACAUAGCUGUGGAGUCAGCGAAACCGGCCGUUGUGGAAACGCUGCUCGGCUUUGGAGCCGAUGUUCAUGUGCGAGGUGGCAAGCUGCGCGAGACGCCACUGCAUAUUGCGGCACGCGUCAAAGACGGCGAUCGUUGUGCCCUGAUGCUGUUGAAGUCCGGAGCGAGUCCGAAUCUAACAACGGAUGAUUGCCUGACGCCGGUUCAUGUGGCUGCACGGCACGGAAAUCUGGCGACAAUGAUGCAACUCCUGGAGGAUGGAGGUGAUCCGCUCUACAAGUCAAAUACUGGUGAAACACCAUUGCAUAUGGCGUGUCGGUCGUGUCAUCCGGAGAUUGUGCGUCAUCUAAUUGAGACUGUGAAGGAGAAACACGGACCGGAGAAGGCCACAACGUAUAUAAAUUCAGUGAACGAUGAUGGCGCAACGGCGCUUCAUUAUACUUGCCAAAUUACCAAGGAGGAGGUGAAAAUACCCGAAUCCGAUAAGCAAAUCGUACGCAUGCUCCUCGAGAAUGGGGCAGAUGUGACGCUGCAGACGAAAAAUGUGUUGGAGACGGCAUUCCAUUAUUGUGCCGUCGCCGGCAACAACGAUGUGCUGAUGGAGAUGAUCUCGCACAUGAAUCCGACGGACAUACAGAAGGCAAUGAAUCGCCAGUCGUCGAUCGGAUGGACACCGCUGCUGAUUGCCUGCAAUCGGGGGCACAUGGAGCUGGUCAACAACCUUUUAGCGAAUCAUGCCAGGGUCGAUGUCUUCGAUACGGAGGGACGAUCUGCCCUGCAUCUGGCUGCGGAACGGGGCUAUCUGCAUGUGUGCGAUGCUCUGCUCACGAACAAGGCCUUCAUCAAUUCGAAGUCACGAGUGGGACGCACUGCACUGCAUUUGGCCGCAAUGAAUGGGUUCACGCAUCUGGUGAAGUUCCUCAUCAAGGAUCACAAUGCCGUCAUUGAUAUUCUCACGCUGCGCAAACAGACGCCUUUACAUCUGGCAGCGGCCAGUGGGCAAAUGGAGGUGUGCCAACUGCUGUUGGAGCUGGGCGCCAAUAUUGAUGCGACUGAUGAUCUGGGCCAGAAGCCCAUUCAUGUCGCUGCCCAGAAUAACUACUCGGAAGUGGCCAAAUUGUUUCUGCAACAGCAUCCGUCGCUGGUGAAUGCGACGAGCAAGGAUGGAAAUACUUGCGCCCACAUUGCGGCCAUGCAGGGCUCCGUUAAGGUCAUCGAGGAGCUCAUGAAGUUCGAUCGAUCCGGCGUGAUAUCAGCUAGAAAUAAGUUGACCGAUGCCACGCCCCUACAGCUAGCUGCCGAGGGCGGGCAUGCGGAUGUGGUUAAGGCAUUGGUCCGUGCCGGUGCCUCCUGCACCGAGGAGAACAAGGCGGGCUUCACAGCCGUCCAUCUGGCUGCCCAGAACGGGCAUGGUCAGGUCCUGGAUGUCCUCAAGAGCACAAACUCACUGAGGAUCAAUAGCAAAAAGUUGGGACUGACACCGCUUCAUGUGGCCGCCUACUACGGACAGGCGGAUACGGUGCGAGAGCUCUUGACUAGUGUGCCGGCAACCGUGAAGUCGGAGACGCCAACGGGUCAGAGUCUAUUCGGAGAGCUGGGCACCGAGUCGGGCAUGACACCACUGCAUCUCGCCGCCUUCUCGGGCAAUGAGAAUGUGGUGCGACUGCUCCUCAACUCGGCGGGUGUGCAAGUCGAUGCAGCUACCGUGGAGAACGGUUACAAUCCGCUCCAUUUGGCUUGCUUCGGUGGACACAUGUCAGUGGUUGGUUUGCUUCUGAGUCGGUCGGCGGAGCUCCUACAAUCCACGGAUCGGAAUGGUCGGACUGGUCUGCAUAUCGCUGCCAUGCACGGCCAUUUCCAGAUGGUGGAGAUCCUGCUCGGCCAGGGAGCUGAGAUAAAUGCAACCGAUCGCAACGGUUGGACGCCACUGCAUUGUGCUGCCAAAGCCGGUCACUUGGAUGUGGUCAAGCUGCUGUGCGAGGCGGGUGCCUCGCCCAAAUCCGAGACGAACUAUGGCUGUGCGGCCAUCUGGUUUGCCGCCUCCGAGGGUCACAACGAGGUGCUGCGCUAUCUCAUGAACAAGGAGCACGACACCUACGGCCUGAUGGAGGACAAACGCUUCGUCUACAAUCUGAUGGUUGUCUCCAAGAAUAACAAUAACAAGCCAAUACAGGAGUUUGUACUCGUCUCCCCCGCACCGGUGGAUACAGCAGCCAAAUUAUCCAAUAUUUAUAUAACACUCUCCACCAAGGAGAAGGAGCGCGCUAAGGAUCUGGUUGCCGCUGGCAAGCAAUGUGAGGCGAUGGCCACAGAGCUGUUGGCACUGGCAGCUGGCUCCGAUUCGGCGGGGAAGAUCCUGCAGGCGACGGAUAAGCGAAACGUGGAGUUUCUCGACGUGCUGAUUGAGAACGAGCAGAAGGAAGUCAUUGCGCAUACGGUGGUCCAGCGAUAUUUGCAAGAACUCUGGCACGGCUCACUGACGUGGGCGUCGUGGAAGAUUAUGUUGCUGCUGGUGGCGUUUAUUAUUUGCCCGCCCGUCUGGAUUGGUUUCACGUUUCCGAUGGGGCACAAGUUCAACAAGGUGCCGAUCAUCAAGUUUAUGUCCUACCUCACCUCGCACAUAUACCUCAUGACCCAUUUGAGCAUUGUGGGCAUAACGCCCAUCUAUCCAGUGCUGCGUCUGAGUCUGGUCCCCUACUGGUACGAAAUAGGUCUGCUCAUUUGGUUGAGCGGCCUACUUUUGUUCGAGUUGACGAAUCCCUCGGACAAAUCGGGAUUGGGAUCGAUCAAGGUGCUCGUCCUGCUGCUGGGAAUGGCUGGCGUUGGAGUUCAUGUCGUCGCCUUCCUCUUCGUCUCCAAGGAGUAUUGGCCGACACUUGUCUAUUGCCGUAAUCAGUGCUUCGCCUUGGCUUUCCUUCUCGCCUGUGUACAGAUAUUGGACUUUUUAUCCUUCCAUCAUUUGUUCGGGCCCUGGGCCAUUAUCAUUGGUGAUCUCUUAAAGGAUCUGGCACGCUUUCUGGCCGUCCUCGCCAUCUUUGUGUUUGGCUUUUCCAUGCACAUUGUGGCACUAAAUCAAUCAUUUGCCAAUUUUACGCCCGAGGAUCUGAGGAGUUUCGAGAAGAAGAAUCGAAAUCGGGGCUACUUCAGUGACGAUGAUAUGCCCACCCCAAGACCUCCGCCCGUGGAGAGUUAUGUCGAUAGUCGCUUCAGCGAAUUCCGACGCAAGCACAAAGAUGAUCUGCGCAUGCAUCCGAUUAACUCAUUCGAGUUACUGUUCUUCGCCGUGUUUGGUCAGACGACGACGGAGCAAACGCAAGUUGAUAAAAUCAAAAAUUUAGCCACGCCCACUCAACCGUAUUGGGUUGAGUAUCUAUUCAAAAUUGUCUUUGGCAUAUACAUGUUGGUAUCGGUGGUUGUACUCAUUAACCUGCUGAUUGCUAUGAUGUCAGACACCUAUCAAAGAAUUCAGGCGCAAUCCGACAUCGAAUGGAAAUUUGGCUUAUCCAAGCUUAUACGCAAUAUGCAUCGCACAACAACAGCGCCAUCGCCGCUUAAUUUAGUUACCACCUGGUUUAUGUGGAUCGUCGAGAAGGUCAAGGCACGCAUGAAGAAAAAGAAGCGUCCAAGUCUGGUUCAGAUGAUGGGAAUACGUCAGGCCAGUCCACGCACCAAAGCUGGCGCCAAAUGGCUAUCGAAGAUCAAGAAAGAUUCGGUGGCCUUGUCUCAGGUGCAUCUAUCGCCGCUGGGCUCGCAGGCCAGUUUCUCGGCGGCCAAUCAGAAUCGCAUCGAGAAUGUGGCGGAUUGGGAGGCGAUUGCGAAAAAAUAUCGAGCGCUCGUUGGAGAUGAGGAGGGAGGCUCUCUCAAGGAGUCGGAUGCGGAGAGUGGCUCCCAGGAGGGUGGCAGUGGCGCGCCACAGCCACCGGCACAGGUGGGCAAGGGCAGGGGGCAGAGCAAGGCGGUCGCCAAAAAGUAGAAAAGUGUUUUUUCCCGACUUAUCUUAAUCUAAUUUUAACUUUAAGUUAAGAUGGCUUUGCGCAUUGGCUUUAACUAAAUGAGUUUCGA